AUGUUGAUCAGGCUGAAAAAAAGAAAGAUCCUGCAGCUCCUUUUCAGCGCGGUGGUGCUGGUUGUAUUCUUCUGCACUGUACAUAAAGACGCGUCCUCUAGUUGGCUCGAUGCCAGCAAGUCGAGAUUGUCAAAUCUGACUGGGUCCAGCAACAGAAACAGCUUUUAUACGUUACUGGUUGAUGCUAUCGUCAAAACCAAACCUUUGCACGCACACCCCGAUUUGCGUGAGCUGCACGCUGUGGAAGGGUGUGUAUUUGCGAACAACGUGGCUGCUCAUGAUACUUCGCACGAUGAUAGCCUGAGUUACGAGAGCUUGAGUAAAUGUUACAAGCUGAAUAGAACGGUACUGGCAAAUUUAGCGGAUAUGCACAAUGAGUUUACGGAUAUCUUAUCAGGAAAGCUAAAUUACUCCACCUCGCAAAUAGAAGCUCUUUUUCCCGAAUCCGAAGGGAUAGUCACCAUCGGAGGUGGGAAGUACUCUGUGCUGGCUUAUACGAUGAUCAAGAAACUUAGACAAACAGGCACUACAUUGCCUAUUGAAGUCAUCAUUCCACCGCAGGACGAAGGCGACGAUGAUUUUUGUAAAAACUGGUUGCCCAACCAUAACGGUAAGUGUCUUUAUUUCUCGGAUAUCGUUCCUUCGACGUCGUUGCGUGAUCUGGAACUCACCAAUUUUCAGUUAAAAGCCUUUGGGUUGAUAAUUUCCAAUUUCAAGCGCAUAAUCUUCAUCGAUGCGGAUAAUUAUCCAGUGACUAAUCUUGAUCUUGUCUUCAACACAACAUCCUUCCAAGAUACUGGGUUGAUUAUGUGGCCCGAUCUUUGGAGACGUGUCACUCCUCCUGCCUUUUACAACAUCAUAGGUUCCACCAUCAACACUAGCAAAAGAGUUCGUUUUGUCAGUGAUGAUGUUUCCCCCGUGUCUCGUUAUGAUCCUUUCGUCAGCAAGUCAGAGGAAUACACGUCAGAGGAGAUGCAAGACCAUUUCUUGAGACACGUUCCUUUACAUGAUAUGGAUGGUACCAUGCCAGAUUUAACUUCUGAAUCCGGUCAAAUGGUUAUCGAUAAGGUUCGUCAUUUCCACACACUGCUAUUGGCAUUAUAUUAUAAUGUCUAUGGGCCUAGCUGGUAUUAUAAAAUGCUCUCUCAAGGUACUGCAGGCGAAGGUGACAAAGAAACCUUUAUUGCCGCCGCCCAUGCUCUGAAUGUACCAUAUUAUCAGAUUAAAACCAAAUUUGAAUUCGAUGGCUUUUUUUAUAAAACGAACGAUUACCAAGGCCUUGCUUUGCUCCAGCAUAAUUUUGAGCAAGAUUACAAGCAAUAUCAAAAAGCCCAGGAAAAGGUUAAAGCUAACAUCGAUCAAUAUUCCAAACUGGAUUUAGACUAUAACUUGGAUGAUGGUUUCUUGAAAACUUUGAUGUUAAAUGAUGAUGGCUCUGAUUUGGAUAUUAUGUUUAUUCAUGCAAGUUAUUACAAGGCGGAUCCAUGGACUUUGUUCCGCGAAAAUAGGUUUAUUAGUGCCGAUGGUAAACAAGUACGCRGAUUCUGGAAACCGCAACGGUAUGCAAUGGAUUUCGAACUAUUUUUGUUUGACGAUAUGAAAGAAUCCUUCUGUACUCCUGUGAAGGACAAAGUUAUAAAAUUCAAGUAUUUCGAGGAUAAGAUCAACACACCCAAAUGGGAUGAAAUGUGCAAAUACUUGGCUAAUCAUGUUGAUUAUUUAACGAGCACUCAUAAAGAAUUUAUGGAAAAGAAAGAUUAA